GAUGGCGACCAAGAAGGCGGGCUCGCGGCUGGAGACGGAGAUCGAGCGCUGCCGCUCCGAGUGCCAGUGGGAGCGGAUCCCCGAGCUCAUCAAGCAGCUGUCGGCCAAGCUCAUCGCCAACGAUGACAUGGCCGAGCUCCUCCUCGGGGAGGCGAAGCUGGAGCAGUACCUGAAGGAGCACCCUCUGCGCCAGGGGACCAGUCCCCGAGGCCCCAGGCCCCAGCUGACCGAAGUCCGAAAGCAUCUGACCGCUGCCCUCGACCGAGGGAACCUCAAGUCAGAAUUCCUACAAGAAUCCAAUGUGAUCAUGGCCAAGUUGAACUAUGUGGAAGGAGAUUAUAAAGAAGCACUCAACAUCUAUGCCCGGGUGGGCCUGGAUGACCUGCCGCUGCUGGCCGCUCCGCCCUACAGGUUACGAAUGAUUGCUGAGGCCUACGCUACCAAAGGACUUUGUUUAGAGAAGCUGCCUAUUUCCUCUUCUACCAGCAACCUCCACGUGGACCGGGAGCAGGACGUCAUCACGUGUUACGAGAAGGCAGGGGACAUUGCCCUCCUGUACCUCCAGGAGAUAGAAAGGGUAAUACUCAGUAAUAUUCAGAACAGAAGCCCUAAACCUGGCCCUGCUCCCCACGAUCAAGAACUAGGCUUUUUCCUAGAAACAGGACUUCAGAGAGCUCAUGUCCUCUAUUUCAAAAAUGGGAACUUGACGAGAGGAGUCGGGAGAUUUCGCGAAAUCCUCAGAGCUGUAGAAACAAGAACAACUCAAAACCUGCGGAUGACAAUAGCCAGGCAGUUGGCAGAGAUCCUGUUGCGGGGUAUGUGUGAGCAGAGCUACUGGAACCCCCUGGAAGACCCCCCAUGCCAGUCGCCCCUGGACGAUCCACUGCGGAAAGGAGCAAACACGAAAACCUACACCCUCACUCGGAGAGCCCGCAUCUACUCAGCAGAGAACAUUUUUUGUCCUCAAGAAAAUACUGAAGAGGCCCUGCUGUUAUUGCUAAUUAGUGAAUCAAUGGCCAACCGGGACGCCGUGCUGAGCAGGAUACCCGAGCACAGGAGUGACCGCCUCAUCAGCUUGCAGAGCGCGUCCGUGGUCUAUGACCUGCUGACCAUCGCGCUGGGAAGGAGAGGCCAGUAUGAGAUGCUGUCCGAGUGCUUAGAGAGAGCCAUGAAGUUUGCCUUCGAGGAAUUCCACCUCUGGUACCAGUUCGCCCUGUCGCUGAUGGCUGCUGGAAAAUCUGCCCGUGCCGUGAAGGUGUUGAAAGAGUGCAUCCGUCUGAAGCCUGACGAUGCCACCAUCCCGCUCCUUGCCGCCAAGCUGUGCAUGGGCUCUCUUCACUGGUUGGAAGAGGCUGAAAAGUUUGCCAAAACCGUUGUGGAUUUGGGAGAGAAGACGUCUGAGUUCAAGGCCAAGGGCUAUUUAGCUCUGGGGCUCACAUACAGUCUACAAGCCACUGAUGCUUCUCUGCGAGGGACGCAGGAGGUCCUGCAGCGAAAGGCGCUUCUUGCAUUUCAGAGGGCCCACAACCUGUCGCCUACAGAUCACCAAGCGGCUUUCUACCUAGCUCUGCAGCUCGCCAUCUCCAGACAGAUUCCAGAGGCUCUGGGCUAUGUCCGCCAAGCCCUUCAACUUCAGGGUGACGAUGCCAACUCCCUGCACCUCCUCGCCCUCCUCCUUUCAGCUCAGAAGCAUCACCACGAUGCCCUGAACAUCAUUGACAUGGCCCUCAGCGAGUACCCAGAGAACUUCAUACUACUGUUUUCCAAAGUGAAGUUGGAGUCCCUGUGCCGGGGCCCGGACGAGGCGCUCCUCACCUGUAAGCACAUGCUACAGAUCUGGAAAUCCUGCUACAACCUGACCAACCCCAGUGAUUCUGGACGCGGGAGCAGCCUCUUAGAUAGAACCAUUGCUGACAGACGACAGCUUAAUACAAUUACUUUGCCCGACUUCAGCGAUCCCGAAACAGGCUCCAUCCACGCCACGUCAGUAGCUGCCUCGAGAGUGGAGCAGGCGCUGUCCGAAGUGGCCUCGUCUCUGCAGAGCAGCGCUCCCAAGCAGGGCCCGCUACACCCCUGGAUGACGCUGGCACAGAUCUGGCUCCAUGCAGCUGAAGUCUACAUCGGCAUCGGGAAGCCCGCAGAAGCCACAGCGUGCACCCAGGAAGCCGCCAACCUCUUCCCCAUGUCGCACAAUGUCCUGUACAUGCGAGGCCAGGUGGCCGAGCUGCGGGGGAACCUCGACGAAGCCCAGCGCUGGUAUGAGGAGGCCCUGGCCAUCAGCCCCACCCACGUGAAGAGCAUGCAGAGACUGGCUCUGCUUCUUCACCAGCUGGGCCGCUACAGCCUAGCAGAGAAGAUCCUCCGAGACGCUGUCCAGGUCAACUCAACGGCCCACGAGGUCUGGAACGGGCUGGGCGAGGUCCUCCAAGCCCAGGGUAACGACACGGCAGCCACGGAGUGCUUCCUGACGGCCCUGGAGCUGGAGGCCAGCAGCCCGGCCGUGCCCUUCACCAUCAUCCCCCGGGUGCUCUGAGCCAGCUGGGCCACCAGGGAUGUCUGAUCGCCCCCACGGGGUGACCGACGAGCACUGAGGCCAGAGAUGAAGGUUCAACUCACCACCGUGACCUAACCAGACAAGCCCGCUGACCGCUCUGCGGGCGUUUCUGUGCAUUAUCAUGUCAGCCCCGGUGACACUUGGGACCUUGUUGAAAAAUGGAUUACGUGCCAUAUUUUGUUAGUUGUCAUCAGAAUCUUCAGUAAAAAGAUUAUGGAAUUAAUCAGCAAAUGUAGAAGAGUAUAUUCAAAGUUAAAAUGCAGUGGCAGAACAGAUUAUUUUUAUCAGAGCUGUAAAGAAAACUCUCCUCACCAUCACUGCUGCCCCGCCCUUGGCCCAGAAACCGAAUGUGAAUCUGCCGUUUCCCACCUCAGCACCAGACCCGGCCAGGACAAUUUCUUGAUUUUGUUGUGGAUAAUUGUACCAUGUGACAAACCCCUGUCCUCUUAGAACAAAGCCUACGUCCAAGAAUAUUUAUAUUUUACCAAUAUAUGCCUGUUACAAGAGAAGGAAAUAUGAGUUAUUUAAGUUUAACUUUUUUAUGUGAAUUCAGAGUUUAUUUAUCGAUGGAAAUAUGUACAAAGAAGCUUCAAAUGGAAUAUUUACCGACAUUCCUUAUACAUGACAGACACUUGGUAAAUGGGAAGAUGAUGUUAAUAAUAAAAUGAUUUUUAAAUGGA